AUGCAGGACGCCUCGGUGGCGCGCAAGGCCGAGGACAUCCGGGGUACGCCGACCGUAACGAAACAAAGAACUUUGCGGCCACGAUCAAGGCGAUCUACGCCCCCUCCCCCCUCCAAAGAAAUGAAAUGCGCCUCUUCUCGGCUCGGAUGGAUCAACGCUUUUGAUGGAGAAGUCGCAGAUUCUGAAGCGUUGAGACGAGCACUUCAGAAGCCUCCUCAACUGUCCCUUGACAAUCAUUGACGCCGCCAUGGAAACCAACACCGACCUGGGUCUUCCGCCCUCUCUCACAGAAACCUUCCGUGCCGUGCAAAAACUCCAGCGGGAAAGCACCAGGCUCCGAUGCAAUUCCUGCCUGAAUUUACAAACCCGGCGGCCACCACCUACUGGAUCAUCUCGCAGCGCUCUUCAAUGAUAUGUGGCGCUGCGGACAAGUUCCUCAGGAUCUCAAGGACGCAACAGUAGUUCAGCUCUAAAAGUGGAAAGGAAACCGGCAACUCUGUGAGAAUCACAAAGAAAUACCGUUGCUCAACAUCGCCGGGAGGACCUUCGCCUGCAUCCUUCUCAACCGCCUCAACAGUUAUCUAAAAUAACGACUUCUUCAGGAAAGUCAGUGUGAAUUCUGGAGACACCGCACAACCACCGAGAUGGUCUUUGUCGCCCGCCAGCUAUAAGAGCACUUCCAGGAGGUGCAGAUUCACCUCCACACCACAUUCGUGGACCUGGCGAAAGCCUUGGACACAGUUAAUUGUAAAGGACUGUAGAAAAUCAUGCAGGAGGUCGAAUGUCCUGAGCGAUUUACGCAUAUGGUGCGUCAACUUCAAGACGCGAUGAUGGCGCGCAUCACGGAAAACGGCGCAAUCUCCGAGACAUUCACAGUUAGUAAUGGAGUGAAACACGGUUGCGUACUCGCUCCUACCCUCUUCAGUGUCAUGUUUUCUACCAUGCUGAUGGGCGUCUACCGUGGUAGGCGCCCGAGAUCUGCAACGCCUACAGGACCCACGGGCGCCUUCUCAACAGCCGAUGAAUGUAGACUCCGACGCGUAUCUCCACAGUUACUGUCCACGAUCUGCUCUUUGCCGGCAACUGUGCACUCAACACUACGACCAAGGAGGACAUGCAGUGGAGCAUAGAUCUUUUCGCCGCCGAGUGUGCCAACUUCGGCCUGACAAUCAACACGGACAAAACGGUGGUCAUGCAGCGACAGUCACCGAACGCUGAACAGAGUGUCCCUCGCUUCCACGUCAACGGCACCGAACAAAAGACUGUGGACAACGUCAUAUACUUAGGUAGCGUAAUGUCCAGCUGCAUCAGAAUCGGCGAUAAAAUGGCUCACAGGAUCUCCACAGGCAGCCAAGUCUUCGGCCGGCUACAGAACUCCGUGUGGAAUCGCUACGGCUUUCAACUGGACACCAAACUGAAGAUGCGUAAGGUCGUCGUCCUAACCACACUUCUGUACGGUGCGCAGACCUGGAUCAUCUAUGCAAGCAAAGCCAAGCAGAUCAGCCACUUUCAUCUCAACUGCCUCCGCAGAUUACUAAAGCUGAGAUGGCAAGACAGGAUCUCGGACACAGAAGUCCUAAAACAGACCGGGGCCCUCAGCAUCCAGGGCAACUGCUACUACAGUGAGUGA